AUGCUGACGUAUUUGACCUACAGUGUUCCCAAGUUCUUCAGAUGGCUCUCGGAGCGUUAUCCGGCCAUCUCGCAAGUAAUUGCGGAAAAUCGGAUUCCAGAAUUCGACUGCCUCUAUCUUGACAUGAAUGGUAUCAUCCAUAACUGUACACACAAAGAUGCUGGCGAGGAUACCACCUUCCGACUCAGCGAAGAAGAAAUGUUUAUUCGCAUAUUCAACUACAUCGAACAUCUGUUUGGAAAAAUAAAGCCUAAGAAGCUUUUCUUCAUGGCAAUUGAUGGAGUUGCUCCUCGUGCCAAGAUGAAUCAGCAGCGUGCUAGACGUUUCCGAACGGCUUUGGAUGUCGAGAAAGCUCGCGACAAGGCGAUCCGUGAGGGAGUAGAGCUCCCAAAAGAAGAGCCUUUUGACAGCAAUUGCAUCACACCAGGCACCGAAUUCAUGGCGAAGCUGUCACAACAACUCCGAUACUUUGUAAACAAAAAGAUUUCGGAAGAUACCGAUUGGCAGGGAUGUGACGUUGUUCUAUCUGGGCAUGAAGUUCCAGGUGAAGGAGAGCAUAAGAUUAUGGAGUACAUCCGAAACGCAAAGGCACAGCCAAACUACGACCCAAAUGUCCGACACUGCCUUUACGGUCUUGAUGCCGACUUGAUUAUGCUUGGACUGCUAAGCCACGAUCCUCAUUUCUGCCUACUGCGUGAAGAAGUUACGUUUGGACGAGCCUCCAAGACCAAGUCAAAGGAACUUGAACAUCAAAACUUCUAUCUGCUCCAUCUCUGUAUUGUGAGGGAAUACCUGGAAAUGGAAUUUCAGGAGCUUCAGAAUAAAGGUGCUUUAAAGUUCCAAUUCGAUCUCGAAAGAGUCAUUGACGACUUCAUCUUGAUGGCAUUUUUCGUUGGAAACGACUUUUUACCAAACCUUCCUGGAUUGCAUAUUAACGAAGGCGCUCUGGCGAACAUGUUCAGAAUCUACAAGUCUGUCCUUCCACAGUGUGAAGGCUACAUCAACGAGAACGGUGUUAUUCACCUAGACCGUUUGCAACGUCUGCUCGACGAGCUCAGCAAGACAGAGCUGGAUAACUUCGAAUAUGAAGUAUCUGAUCAACAGUGGUUUGCAUCCAAACAAAUGGAGAAUAAACUUGAACAGAAAAAUGGAGCCAAGCCGAGAUCGAAAAAGAAUAAUCAACUAAUCAUGACUUCGUUUCAGAGAGAUUUAUGGAAACAAAAGAUUCGUCCUUUCAUCUCAAACAGAUCCCAGCAGCCACUGGACUUGGGAUCAGAUCUCAAGGCUGCGGAUCGAAAGUUUGCUCAAGAUCUUGCAGAGUCCAUGCACUUGCAGUGGUCUACCAAGGAAGACGAAGAGGGCAAUCGUCGCCUUGUAAUCGCAUUUCCCCCUAAGAAGGAAACCAGCGACGGCGAGGACGAUGACGAAGAGGAAGGAAACCUCGCAGCUUAUCGUGUCAUGAAGUCCUAUGACAAGGCGACCAUUGCUGAUGUUUCCCCCGAGGAUGCUCAGAAGCAAUAUGAAGAGCUAUACCAGCAAAAAUAUCAAGGCUGGAAGACCAAAUACUAUCUGCAAAAGUUUGAAGAAUGGCCUCAGGACAAGUAUGAGGAAGAACAAAAGAGGCUCUGCGAAAAUUAUGGCCUCGGUGCCGACCUGAACUUCAAGCUAGGUCAGCCCUUUAAGCCCAACGAACAACUCAUGGGCGUGUUACCAGACCGAAGCAAGAAAAUUGUGCCAGCAGUUUACCACGACCUGAUGACCAAUGCAAACUCUCCCAUCAUUGACUUCUAUCCGCGAGAUUUCGAAUUGGAUAUGAACGGCAAGAAGAUGGAGUGGGAAGCAGUGGUCAAGAUCCCAUUCAUUGACGAGGCGCGACUUCUCGCUGCCAUGGCGCCCCAAAAUGAGCUUCUUAGUGACGAUCAAAAAGCACGAAACGGCUUUGGGGUUCCCCUCAAAUUCACAUACUCUCCCGAAGUCAACUUUACUUAUCCUUCUCCACUUCCUGGAGUUUUCCCAGAGAUACAGUAUUGUCAUUGCAUUGAGAAUAUCUUUGAUUUGCCAAAUAUUGAGGGACUCGAAUAUGUCUCUGGGUUGACGAAUGGAGCUCUGGUGAAUAUAAAGGCUCUUGCUGGAUUCCCGACGCUACACACAUUGCCACAUACGGCACAGCUAGUUGAAGGAUAUGGAGUCAAUGUUUUCCAGCAAGACAGCAGAAAUCCAAGUGUCAUCGUGACUCUUACCGAUACGGAGAUGCGGACAAAGGUUGAAACAUGGAAAAAGAAGCUGGGGCAGCGCUGCUUCGUUGGCUAUCCAUUCAUUCAAGAAGCCAGAGUUAUCAAGGUACAGGAUGAGCUGUUUACCUACGAGCUGGCUGAAGAUGAAGAAACUGUUGUUACCAAAGAUCAUGACAACAGAGCAGCUUCCGAUUAUGCAAAGGAGGCCGAAUUUUUAGAGAACUGGCAUGCCAAACGCCUGGGAAUCACGGUUGGCCAGGUUGAAUGCCUUGUUCAUGUUCAUAUGCUCAAGGGUCUCAUCAAAACGGAAGACGGUGCUUUAAUCAAGGAGUACGCUGAAAACCCCAGCUUGCGCAAGGUCUACGCGUCCCAAACUAUUGUGGAAGAAGUAGUCAACGAAGACGAACGUUUCAUCGAGAGACCAGCGCUACCGAUUGAAGAAGAGUUCCCUCAGGGCACACGAGCCUUCUUUUUGGGAGAAUUCGCAUACGGUCGCCCCCUAGAGGUGACUGGGCAUGUUAACGGCAAGGCGAAUAUUAUGGUCUUGGUUCCCAAGAAUAAGGAGCCAGAAAUUACCAAGAAGAUCAUUUUCCAAGCGGAACGCUCCAACCCGUAUACACCAUCCUUCGCAAUCGCCAAACAGCUAGGCGUCCACCCUCUCAUCCUGAGCAAAAUAACGUCAUCUUACCAAGUUAUUAGUGCUGCCGGUCUGAAGCUAAACUUGGGCCUCAAUUUGAAAUUCGAGGGCCGAAAGCUCAAGGUCCUAGGAUACUCACGCAAAUCGGAGACGGGAUGGGAGUUCUCUGGUCUGGCUGUGAAGCUUAUUGCUGAUUACAUGGUUGCAUUCCCCGACUUCUUUGCGGCGAUUCAGAGAGAGCCGCAAAGAAGCGAGAUUUCUGAGAGUGACCUGUGGAGCGACCUAAGCGUUGCUUCGCAGCGGAUCAAAGACAUAGUAGCGUGGCUAAAGAAACAAGAGACGAGCAAAUUUGAGCGAGUCCCCCUUGACGCUGAGCAGCUCGAUUCGGGAAUUGUCAUGGCUCUUGCUACGGCUGGAGAACAGCUGCAUCAAGCGAGCAUGGAGGCGACUGCCAAGACGCUCAACUCUGUGCCUCGUACAGCUUUGUUGAAACCGGCAGAUGCGGAGAUGGUGCUAGGCAACCAAACGUUCAAGUUAGGAGAUCGGGUUACUUUCAUUGCCGCUGCCGGCAAGGUCCCACUUGGAACUCGGGGAACUGUUGCCGGUAUCUCUCGCACGGCAACUGCUAUUCUCUUGGACGUCGUGUGGGACACCUCCUUCAUGAGUGGCACGACUCUCGGCGAGAGAGCCCCAAUGUUCCGUGGGCAGACUGUUUCAUCAUCGACGGUGCUGAAUAUUACAAAUUGGCAAGUCGUCUCUGCAUCAUCAAAAUCGCGACAGAGGAAAUCUGUUCCAGCCACGGGAUCGGUCGGAUCAUACGGCUCAGUCGGUGUUACACAGUACAAGGACGCCCCAGCUCCUCCUGCCCUCCGAGGCGGAUGGCGUGGAGCUGCUACGGGCGAUUCAGCUUCAUCAGGCCGUGGGCGGAACAGCCCUGGUCGCGGCGCUCGAGGAGGCAAGCCAAAUCUAUUGCACAGCGGACUUGUUUAUCGGCCGGGCCAACAAGGGGGUAACCCAAGCGGCGACAAUGCGAACAAUGGAAAUCACGCUCCCAAUGGAAACGUCAAUGGAAGAGGAGGAAGUGGCAGAGGCCAAGGGCGUGGUCGAGGCAAUGGCGGCAACAGAGGCUCGCUUGCUCCUCAGACUGGACCUGGACGAGAUCAACCAGCCCUCUAUGGCAACGUGCCGCCUCCCGCAAACCUUGAGACAUCGCGAGGCGGCCGUGGUCGUGGUCGAGGAGGAAGGGGACGUGGUGGACCCACUCCCAAUCGUGGCCGUAGCGGUGCUGCCGCUCAGCAAGCAUAGGAGCUUGCGUCUAUUGAUAUUCCAGUGGGUGCAGAGCCGGUGGAGGUUGCGGAGCGUUGGAAUACCCUGUGAUUGGCUUAUGUACCUAGCUACGACGGCAAAUGUUCAUAUUGCGGCCACAUGCGGCGUGCCAUUACGGGGGUAGCUGUUUAUCUAGCUGUAGUAGAGUCUUGUGCCAUUGUAGUAUGCCAACGAAUAAAAGAAAAGGAGUAAACCUCGAA